AUGUGGCGAGUGGGGUCAUCAUUUUUGCGUCGAGUAUCAUCCACCAUGUCGAAUUAUAACACAAAGUUACUGCCGUUGGAGCGCGAGCUCGAUACAAGUAAACCUGGCAAUUUCGGCCUUGUAUUUUCUAACGCCGACUCCAGCCCAUCGUCGUCCUUUCAAGAUCCUUGCGAAGUACUAGACGUGUCAUUUACCUCAGAUGUCUCUCAGCAGAGCAUGAAAAAAGCCGCUGAACAUAUUCGCGCGGGAGAACUUGUCGCUUUCCCUACUGAAACCGUCUAUGGCUUGGGUGCGUGUGCGCUGCGCACGGAUGCAGCGGAGCGCAUAUAUCGAGCUAAAAAUCGUCCAGCAGACAACCCUCUCAUUGUGCACAUAAGCGACCUUCGUAUGCUCUCUCGACUUGUGCCUAGAGAUUUUCAUUUAAACAAAGCCUGCGAUGCUCUUAUCAAAGCCUUUUGGCCUGGGCCCCUCACAUUAUUGUUUCCGGUUGGGCGCGACGAACAAGACGAACCUUACGUCCCAACAACUGUGACUUGCGAUCAACCAACAGUCGGUAUCCGGAUGCCAUCUCAUCCAGUCGCACGCGCACUCAUUGCCAUGGCUGGCGUCCCGAUCGCUGCACCAUCUGCAAAUGCAUCAGGUCGUCCUUCUCCCACAACUGCCGAGCAUGUGCUUGACGACUUAGGACAACGACAAGUUCUUUCCUACAUUCUUGACGGUGGCAAAUGUGAUAUUGGACUCGAAAGUACUGUAGUUGAUGCAACAACCGUGCCAAACGAGGUCCGCAUCCUACGCCCUGGCGGCGUAUCAGUGGAACAAGUGGCACAAGUGCUUGAUCACGCUGGCUUAUCUGACGUUGCAAUCCGUGUAUAUGGAAAAAAUUUGCAGGGAAGCCCUCAUGAAAAUUUAAAACCCGCCACGCCUGGUAUGAAAUACCGGCACUACUCACCUGAGGCGCGCGUCAUUCUUGUUCGACUAUGCGAUAAUGAUGCAUGUACAUCCAUGAAGGAUGUUUUGCAAGAAUUCCUUUCGUCAUUCUCAAGAGACCAUGUGCCGCAUGUGGGACUCAUGUGUGCCCUUGACUCACCAUUAGUUCAGCUCCUACAGGUGCCUGAUCUUGUACAAUGGACAAAGCAAGCCACCAAGGAUGAUUAUCUUUCACCUGUGUAUUGCACAGAACAGUUUCAAUUGUGUUUCUAUUCAUUAGGGUAUCAAGAUGCACCUGACAUUGCUGCAAGGCGCUUGUUUGAUGGUCUUCGCACAUUAGAUGCAUGCAUACCAUGGCGUGAUGAGGCCCGAACAUGUGACGUUAUUAUAUCUGAAUCACUUCCGGAGCAUGGAGUAGGACUAGCGAUCAUGAACCGAUUAAAAAAAGCCGCCAGUCGAACGAUAUGUGUACGGAAGAAUGGGUCAGCAUGA